CUGCAAGGUGAGUUGUUGGGAGCAGACGAUUCUUUUGUGUGUCCUCCACAUACAGACUGUGCGAUGUGUUGGAGGAUUACCUAAUUGUGAAUUACUUGCAGAGGAAAAAAGGAAUUUAUCGUAAAUUUGGUGUGAAUGUAAAUUGAUUGACUGGGAAUCCUUGUGGAUUAUUCUAGUGCAUCAGGGGAGGAGGAUGGUGGAGGGCUGAAAAAUGCCUCACCCCACCCUCGAUGGAGCUCCCUCAACCUGCCCUCUAGGUCAUUUAUCCACGGUUGUGUGGGACGAUCCCCGACGCAUGACCACCUUUUCAACCUUUCAUCAAUCCAAUGGAUCUUCUUUUCUAAAUUCAAAAGAGGAUGUGAUAAAUCUCUCUAAAGAGAAUAAGAUUUCGCCUUCCAAGAGAAUCAGUCCAAAACUGGGCAAACCCAUCUCUCUUCCAUUUCGGACAAAGAAGAUUGAAAAUUCUGAUGAUUUAAAGGAGGACACAACAAACGGAAUAACUGAAAAUCAGACUACAGUAGAGAAGGAUUUGGUGGAAAUAAGUUUAGAUGCAAACGAUAAAAGGUUCGGCUUCUCUGUGGUCGGAGGUUGUGAUGAAGGAUUCUCUCCACGCAUAGAAAACAUCAUUCACGGAUCUCCUGCCGAUCGUGCGGAUUUGGAGGUGGGCGAUGAAAUUCUUGAGGUCAAUGGAAGGUCACUCGACAACUGUACUCACACAGAGGUCAUCUCCCACAUCCAUCAGGUUGCAAAUUGGCUCUGGAUCUGGCCCGAAACAGCAACGUCCAAGACGCAUUCGUGAUCGCUGUGGAGCAGCAGGCGAGGGAACGCCUGGAGAAGUUAUCCGCCUUGAAGAAAAUCAAACCGGUCGACAUGACGAAACUGUCUCAGGAACUGAACGAAUGCAGCACAGCAGCAACGGAACUGAUCGAGAACAAUCCUAUCUACGUCACCACUGUGCCUGAAAUUCACAACGCCACUCUCAAGAAAGAUGGACGCCGUGAUCAAAACGACCAGGAGCUGGAAUUGAAGCAAGAGAUUGUGGACGACGAGACACCCUCUUCACCCGAGACUCCCCCGAGAGAGAGGCUCUUGGUCGAGUCCCAAAACGGAAUAGCCACCCGUUUUUCUCAGGAGUGUGUAUCGGUCGAGACUCUAUUGCCAAAACAGUUUAGGCCUAAUGAAAGCCAUUUAUUAGACUCGAAUUGUGUAGUUUCUAAUAAUAAUAAUAAUAAUAAUAAAAAUGAAUCAUCCAGGACUCAUAGAGAGAUGGCUGUGGAUGUGCCAGAUUGCUUUGUGGGCAUGGCCAAAACCGCGCCAAGGUAUCCGCCUCAAAAAGAGGAGGGGCAUCCAGAAUUUUUUAUCAACAGUGAUAGCUCUUCGAAUGAUAACUCUUUACUUCAUCAUAGAAAUACUGUAAAUAGAUACAAUGCUAGUGAUAUUCCAAAAUCGACUCUUGAUUCUAAAGAAGCUACUGAAGAUCAAUUGGAAAGGAUACGAAAGUAUCAAGAUGAUAUUCGAAGGCGGAAGCUUGCAGAAGAAAGACUAGCUAAAGAGAAUGAAUUCCUCCGGACUUCUUUGCGUGGAUCCAAAAAGCUCCAAGCCUUAGAAUCAUAUCCUCCGCAACAUGGAAUGGAAAACACAGCCUUUGAAUCAGAUGACUCGGUUCCUAUCGGAAGGCUGAGGGUUGAUCUCGAGCUUGCUAAAACAUAUGGUGCUUCAGAACUCCUUCAAAGCUUGUACAGACUGAGUGCUAGCCUUCAAGGGAAUGGGCACAAGGAUUCUGAUCUUCUGCUGGUGGAAGGUUUGAUUAGAAAUAAAGAUUUUCAAAACAUAUUAGACAUUCACAAUAAAGUACAAGAGGUUUGCUGUUUCAAGUGUCCUCCCACACCUCUCUCUACUCAAGCUCAAAAUAUCACCCAAGAGGUUAUCAAUGACCUACAAGAGAGUCCAUCUGUGGAUGCUGUGGAACUUGUAGAUAUUCUGAGCAAGUUUGAGGUGGAGGGACUUACGUACGCUCAUGACAAGAUCGCUGAGAGGCAGGCAAUACCGAGCAUCACUCCAGAUGAAGAGCUUUUAGAUCGGGCCUCUCAGUAUACAGAGGAGAGCGUCAAAAUUGUCAGAAUCGAUAAGACGAAUGAGCCUCUGGGUGCGACUGUAAGGAAUGAGGGAGAAGCUGUUGUGAUAGGACGGAUUGUGAAGGGAGGAGCAGCAGAAAAGAGUGGUCUGUUGCAUGAAGGUGAUGAGAUUUUGGAAGUGAAUGGUGUCGAAAUGAGGGGAAAAUCAGUGAAUGAUGUUUGCGAUAUUUUAGCUACUAUGAAUGGUACUUUGACAUUUCUUAUUAUUCCUACUCAGCAAGAAAUGAAGUCUUUACAGGAUGUUGUGGUUCACGUAAAGGCUCACUUUGAUUAUGAUCCAGAUGAUGAUCUUUACAUUCCUUGUAGGGAGUUGGGGAUCUCUUUUCAGAAGGGUGAUAUCCUCCAUGUGAUCAGUCAGGAGGAUCCCAAUUGGUGGCAGGCAUUCAGGGAAGGGGAGGAAGAUCAGGCAUUGGCUGGUCUAGUGCCCAGCAAGAACUUCCAGCAACAGCGAGAGUCUAUGAAGCAGACGAUCAUCGGGGAAGUCAAUAGCAAAGAAAAAUCUAAAAAAGGAAAAUUCUUAUGUGCCAAAAAAUACCAUAAAAAGAAAAAGAAGAAACUCUAUAAUCCUAGUUUGAACGAUGAAGUUGAAGGGGAUGAAAUCCUAACCUAUGAAGAAGUAGCUUUAUACUAUCCAAGAGCCAAUCGUAAACGUCCAGUCGUGUUGAUAGGUCCUCCUAACAUUGGUCGUCACGAGUUGAGGCAACGACUGAUGGAAGACACAGAACGUUUUGCAGCAGCUGUUCCUCAUACGAGUAGGACGAGGCGAGAGAGUGAGAUGGAUGGUGCAGAUUAUCACUUCAUCUCCAGAUCGCAGUUUGAAGCUGAUAUAGCAUCUGGGAAGUUUGUGGAACACGGAGAAUACGAGAAGAACUAUUAUGGGACGAGUCUGGAUGCCAUAAGAGCUGUUGUCAACUCUUCAAAGAUCUGUGUACUCAAUCUUCAUCCACAGUCUCUGAAAAUCCUGAAGAACUCUGAUCUGAAACCAUAUGUGGUGUUUGUAGCACCCCCUUCCCUAGAGAAACUUCGCCAAAACCGCCUGAAAGCCGGAGACAAUCCAAAGGAUGAAGAGCUUAAAGACAUCAUCGAGAAAGCGAGGGAGAUGGAAGAGAAUUUUGGACAUUAUUUCGAUAUGGUCAUCAUCAAUUCGGACACUGACAAAGCAUUCAACGAACUCCUAAAAGAAAUAAAUACUCUAGAACGUGAACCACAGUGGGUGCCUCGAUCGUGGCUACUCAACUACUCCGACUGAUUUCUUUUCUUUUUUUUAAAUUCACUGAAGUCAAAGUAAAUAUUCUUUUGGACAGCAGGGUUGCCACUCCACGGGGAAUUUAAAAAGGAAUUUUGAGUUUUUCUUUAAAAACUGGAAAAAUACAGGAAUUUUGUUUCUUAUUUUCGUCUUUUAAAAAAUGUUAACCCCUCAAAGUACUAUCUGUGGGAUAUUUAAGGAUGAUAUUUCAACUAUAUUAAACUAUAGGGUGCUUAGCAUUUUUAAAAAGUGCUUAUUUUUCAUUUUCACUUUUUAAAAGCCCUUAAAGGUGCUUUUUUUAUUCAAGGUUUGUAAAAAGUGCUUAAUUUCAUAUCUUUCGAUUGAUUUUUUCUUUGCUGUGUUGAUCGUUGUUCUAAAUUACGAAAAAUGCAUGAUUUUCACAAUUUUCUCUGCAAUAUUUAUUAGAAACUGGUUAUUUUAUAAUGAUUAUGUAAAGUCUUUGAAAAUGUUUUAGUAUUUUAUUGAUUUCAUGUUUAUAAAUUAAGAACUUUAAAUGAUAGAAGAAAAAAUGUUUAUUGCUAGGUAGAUCCUAAUUAUGAAUUUUUUUAUAGAAAGUGGUUAAAAUGUAUUUUAUAAGUGCUUUGAAAGUACUUAAAAAUUGCUUAUUUUUUGUUUAAAAAAUCUGGCUACUCACCCUGUACUACUUCAUUUACUAUAGCAUUAUUUGUUAUAAGUAUGUUCAGCUGUUCUGUUUUUCCUCAAGUUUUUUUAGAAAAAAUAUAGGAAAUUUUGUUUCUUAUUUUCAUCUUUUAAAAAAUGAUGACCACUCAAAGUGGGAUAUUUAAGGAAGAUAUUUCAACUAUACUAAUCUAUUUCAUUUACUAUAGCAUUAUUUGUUUUAAGUAUGUUCCUUUCUUCUCCAAGUUUUUUCAGCAAUUAUGACUACUAUAUUUAGCCCGAUACAGCUCAAUACAAGAGCACAGUAAUUGUUUCUCUUAAUAAAUUUGAGUGGCAACCUUGUCAAGUCAAAGUAAAAAAAAAACAUUUUUGACAAAAGUAGGCUUUUGUUAAAAUAGCAGAAAGUAAGUUUCUUUUGCUUUUAUCAAUGUUCCACACACAGGAGUGAGAUUUACAGAACUUUUGGUCCAUAGUUCGUCCUUAUUUAUUUGAUGACAUUUAGGAAAAUAUUCUUUUCGUAGUGUAAUAAUUAGAAGUAAGAAUUUCACUUAAAAGAGUUCAUAAUUAUUUAAAAAUGAUUGCUUGCUUUGUAACUACAGUUGAACCUCUCCUCACGCUAAACCACUGUGUUAUUGCGUUUAAAUAAUUAAAUCAAAACUUUAAAAGACCAGGUUAUUUGACACAAAUUGAGAAAUUUUGAUUUGAUUUUUUUUAAUAUUGCAUCUUUUUAACAGGAAAGGGAAAAAAAUUAUCAUUUUUAUUAAUCAUUCGAAAAUUAUAUUCUGCAAAAUUACUCUGAAAUACAUCUAUAUGUGAACGCUAUUCUUUCAAUACUUUGUUUAUCGAUGAAUAAUAUAGAUAUCAGAGAGGAAGAAUAUUAUGCAAUGCUAAAAGAAUUACAUAUUAAAUCUUAUUCGUAAUUUUUUUUAUCGUGUCCAUGGCCAAUUAAAUUACCUUGUGUGCCUUCAAAACUGCAUCUGCAAGCUCCAAUACAUCAUUACUGUCGAGGAUCUCAUGAAGUUUUGAAGUCAGUGGCACCAUACCACUGUCCAUGGCGAAGGAGGGUUGCCAGAGCCUCAAAAGGUUGGACUUGUACCUGUUGGUCUGCCACCCACCCGAGAACUAGUGGAGGCAUUCCUAUAUUCGCCACCUGGGGAUGCGGUCUCUAUGGGUUACAGGCUCCCCCGAGAGAUUAAUAAUAAAACUUAUUCGUAAAUAAAACUUGUAUUUAAGGCAAAAUCAAAUAAAGCCUUUACCACAAAGAAACUAAUAAAAUGGACCUUUCGAAAUAUGUGAUGAAAUUUCUUCAGUAGUUUAGAAAAUUGAUCAGUCUCACGUUAAUAUUUAAACAUACAGUUGAACCUCAUUAACACCUGUUGGGGUCUUUUGAGUCAGCAAUCAAAUAUUGCUGUAUUUUACUUGUUUAUCAUGAAAUUUUCAAGCUGAUAAUCGGUUAACACGAAAGGAAACUGCACAGAUAAUAAGCAUGUGAAUAAAAUCUCAAUCAUUUAUUUUGAAGAAUUUCUCUUGUCUUUUUUUGUUAGAAGUAGAAGAUGGGCAAACAAAUAAAAUAGUUUAAUAAUGUAGUUAAAAUGUUUAAUCUUAUUUUAAUUUGUUUUGGUUCAUAAUAGUAUUGUUUGCAUACAUGAGUGUAAUACAUAACAUGUAUUAAUAAUACGUAAUAAAUUGUUUUCGUGAUGCAUCAGAUAAAACAAAAUUCUGUUAGCCUGGAAAAAUUAUGAUAGUCCUGCCGAUCUAGGGCAGAAUUCAUCUAAAUUUUUGCAAUGACAAUGGACACCUUCGGCCAAUCAAAAGCCUGUAUUUUUACAUAUCACAAAAUACUAUAUGUUUACAAAAAUACAGGCUUCUGAUUGGCUUAAGUAAGCCAUCGUCAUUGCAUAACGUAGCUGAAUUCCGCUAUAAUGUCAGCAUGGUUAUGAAUUUUUUGCAGCUAGAUGACAAGGAUAACAGUCAGAAAAAUCAAUGAAGUGGACGGAACGAUAUUUCAUCAGACCAUUGGAAGGGGUUGAAUUUUAUCGCUAUUUUAGGUUUUAAUCAAUUUUCUUGUUAUCUAUAAUGAGCUAAAAAAUUUAAAUACCUCCAUAAAGUUCAGUUCUUUAUGAUUGAAGUAGUGAAGCAGAGGGCGCCCCAUCUAGAUAAAGUCUAGUCCUAUAUUUAAGGAUGAUAUUUCAGCUGUUCCUUAUUUAAGCUUUUCCAGCAAUUAUUUCUAGUAUAAUUAGCCCAAUACAGCUCACACAAGAGAACAAUGAUUGUUGUGUUUCCUCUUAAUAUAGUGUGUAUAAUAUGUACAGGGAAUUUUUUUCCCUCCAGAUUUGAGUGGCAACCCCUGCUAUUCAAAUUUCCAUAUGUGAGCUUCUUUUUUUUCAAGAUUCUCUCAUUUUUGGAAAUGUUUAUGAGGCAAGUUUUUAAUAAAAUUCUGUAAAUGAUUCUACUUUAAAAGAAAAAAAUUGACAGACCCAAUGUGCAAUAUUUUGCUGGAAGAAAACAUCUUGAAUGUAAAAUCUGAAAAUGUAUAAAUAUUUUGGUUAUCAGGGUUGCAACUCCACAGGGAAAAUUCAGGGAAUUUAAAAAUCACCUAUGAAAACAGAGAAAAUGCAGGGAAUUUUGAGUUUUACUUUAGAAACUGGAAAAAAUACUGGGAGUUUCUUAUUUUCAUCUUUUUAAAAAAUGGUAAUCACUCGUAAACGUGGGGUGUUUAACGAUGGUCAUCAGCUAUAUUAAACUAUUUCAUUUACAUUAUUUAAUUAUGUUUGGCUGUUCCUUAGUAUAGUUUGCCCAAUACAAGAUCAUUGCGUGUUUCCUUUUAAUGUGUAUAAUAUGUACAGGGAAUUCCAAAUUUGAGUGUCAAACCCUCUGUAUGUAAAGAAAUUCUGCCUAAGAUGAAAAAUGUAUUCUGUAAAUCUCAAUCCUUAAGGAAUGGACAGAAUUUGUAUAAAAUUAAAAAUGUGAAAAUUGUGUCAUGAUGAUCACAUUAUUACCUAACUGCAUGUUUGUUUUUGUAGAGGAUUUAAUAUAUUUGUAAAUAUGUACAAACUAACUGUGUAAAAAAUAAAUAAAUUGAAAUAUUGA